CUAAUCCGCUCCGCCCCACCCCCCUCUACUUCCCCACUAUUCCUAGUUCCUCCCCCUUCAUCCCCUACCACAUGCUCCUGACCCUCCCACCUGCCUCCCCAUGGAUCCUAAUUCCUCACCGUGUCCUUCGUGAAAUUUGUAUAAAAUCUCUCAAUGCCUUCCACGGUCAUCAUCCGCAGCCCAGCGUGCAUUGAAGCCGCACAAAUUUUGCUUGCAUUAACUGUAACCGGUGAACAAUGGCUCAGAUUGUGUAUCGACCUUUUCCUUUCAACAAUGGUGUCAAGAAUGUGUUCAGCGCAGAAACUCCAUCAAGCCAAAAGCACCGAAGCGAGAGCCUCCCCCGGCAUCCAGAACGCCUGCCACAUCCGCUGCAGGAAGAAGAGAUGGAAGCUGAAGUGUUCGAUUCGUCUCCGGCGCCAAUUACGAAAGAGUAUCCUUCAACAGCGCAGUCUGGCUCCGGCAGUCGACGCAGAAGUAUAUAAGGGUUCGAUUUCGCACAAAUGUCAUAGCGAUCUCUGGAUAUGUAUUUUCAUGGACACGGUAUUGGUAACACAACAAUAAAAGUAACAGUGAAAAGUAGUCGUUUCAUUGGGGACUGACAUUUCUUGUAAUCCCAUUUCAUUUUAAUAGCUGCUAUACUGUGAAGGAAAGCAUUGUUCAUCUGUGGCACUGUGAAUUUACUUCGUUUUUUUUCGUUGAGAAUCUCCAAGCUGAGUGUGCAACAGCUGCAAGAUAAUAGUAUAAAUAAUAACUGAUAAUACUACAGUUCAGACGAUCGCUCAACUAGUCAUAUAUUUCCUUGAAAUGAUGUUUGCCUUCAGCAACAUCCUCUUGCGCUAA